AUGAAGAUCAACUCGCUCGUGACGUCCUCUCUGGUGCUCGCACUCAGCGCAGUGACGGCGGCGCAGGCCAGCGCCGAAACCGAGAUCGAUCGCACAUCACCGAAUCGACAUGUCCUCUCAAAGCUGACAAAGCGAGGCUUUUGCAUCUUCAAUAUUUGCUUUGGCUAUGACACGACCUCCGAUUCCAGCAACUGCGGUUCGAUCGGUAACAGCUGCGCGGGGAAAAGCUGGGCGAAUAUGGCCUUUAUGUGCCAGAACAGUGUUUGCGCACCGGUUGCAUGCCAGCCGCUAUACGCCUGGAAUGGGGGCACACAACAAUGUCAAACUGUGGGCUCCGACGUCAACAACUGGUCAGUUCCACUUCACUUCAUAACAAUGGAGUUUGGGUAGCGGUGGAGCGCAGGCUGCGCAGCCGAGUGAACUCUACCGAGAGUAAGGUUCCCUCUCGGCCUCAGCGCGCUGGUCGGAUGACGGCCGCGGCGAUCGGCACCGAGUCGCCGCGCGCGCGCGCCCGCUGCAAGCCUUCCCGACUUCCAACCAUUCUGACGACUCGAUCACUCGCUACAAUGCUUCUCCUCCGAGCAGUGGUGCUAUCGGCACCGUGUGCAGUCUUUCGAACUUCGUUGGCGGUGCGUCGGUAGGCUGCAAUGCCGGCUCCUGCGUGGCUACGACAUGCGCCACGGGUUACACACCGAGUGCGGGGGGCGUCUGCACCAAGAACAUUGAUACGCAGACCGACGUGAGUGUUGACUACCAAUUCUAGUCGUCUCUUCUUCAAUCACUGAACCUCAGCCGCUUUCACCAGAUUAACAAUUGCGGAUGGCUCGGUAACCGAUGCCUGUCGUCGUACCCCGGGGGCACGGGGAGCACGUGCUCCGCUGGUUCGUGCCGAGCUGCCACCUGCAACGCUGGCACAACGUGGAACUCGGCCUCGAUGCAGUGCCAGAACACCGCCUCUGACGUCAACAACUGCGGCGCGAUCGGCAAGGUGUGCGCUUACACUUCUGGGAAUGCCCAGUGCCAGAACGGGGUAUGCUCGCUGGCGGGCUGCAUCGCUGGCUUUUACCUCGUCAACAACGCCUGCACCUACCUGAGCCUGGCGACCGACUCGAACAACUGCGGCACCGUCGGGAACGUGUGCAACUUUGCGAAAGGGUUCGGAUCGUGCGUGUCGGGGAAGUGCCAGUACUCGAGUUGUACGGGUGACUACGCCAAAGUCACCGACAGUAGCGGCAACACGUUCUGCCAAGCGGUCAACAUCCAGUCCGACUCCAGCAACUGGUCAGUCCUGCUUCCGUCGGCGUGAUCUGGCACCACGCCGUCGCGGAUCGAAGCUGACCUACCAUCUCCCUCCUUCUUCGGUCCGCGCUUAACAGCGGUUACGUAGGCCAUGUAUGCCCAACACAGGCCAACUCGGCAUCGACUUACGGCAGUGGAGGUAGCUGCGCGAGCACGUGCAACAGUGGCUACGCGUGGGACUCGACCGCUCUGUACCGCCGACCGACCGCGAGCGACGUCAACAAUUGCGGCUCGCUCGGCAACGUCUGCAAAGUCACGAACGGCUCGCCGGCAUGCUCGAGCGGAGUGUGCUCGGUCGCCUCGUGCAAUUACGGCUACGAAAACGUCAACGGCGUAUGUACCUCGAUCAACACGCAGACCGAUGCCAAGAACUGCGGGUGGGUCGGCAACGCCUGCCUUGCAUCGUAUACCGGAGGAACGGGCAGUGCUUGCGUUGCUGGCUUGUGCCGCGCCGCUUCCUGCAACGGCGGCACGACUUGGAAUGCCAACUCGAUGAUCUGUCAAAACACUGCAAGCGACAUCCUCAACUGCGGCACGAUCGGCAACAUCUGCUCGUACCCCUCAGGCGUCGCGAAGUGCACGAACGGCGUCUGUAGCCUGGCGAGCUGCGUCGGUGGAGCGUACCAGAUCAACGGUGUCUGCACUGCUCUCGAUCUGACGAGCGACGUGAAGAACUGCGGAUCGGUCGGCAAGGUUUGCUCAUUCCCCAACGGCGUGGGCGCCUGCAUCGCGAGCGUGUGCACCUUCUCGAGCUGUACCGGCAGCUACGCCUUGUCGACGACGUCGGCCGGCCAAUCUUGUGUCGCCGUCAACAUGCAGACCGACGUCAAGAACUGGUGAGUUAUCCCUUCUCUCCUCUCUUGCACGAACGCUCGCGAUUUGCUGAAGCGAAGUCCUCGCCUUCGUCUGCUCCCCCAUCAGUGGAAGUAUGGGCUACGUAUGUCAAACGCCGUCCAAUUCGGCAAGCGUGUUCUGCAACGCCGGAAAAUGCGCCGCCAGCUGCAACGCGGGAUACUCGUGGGACUCGGGAUCAUCAAUGUGCCGGUCUGUUUCAAACGACGUGAACAACUGCGGAUCGCUCGGCAAUGUGUGCUCAGUCUCUAAUGGAACGCCAGCGUGCACGAACGGUGUCUGCUCGCUCCAAUCGUGCAACUAUGGCUACUCCAACAUCAAUAAUGUGUGCACUGCGAUCAACACUCAAACCGAUGUGAAGAACUGCGGAUGGGUUGGCAAUGCGUGCGCUUCGUCCUACCCAGGAGGAACAGGUACUGCUUGCGUGGCUGGCUUGUGCCGAGCAGCGAGUUGCAAUGGCGGCACUGCUUGGAACGCGGGUCUUAUGUCUUUCCAGAACACAGCGAGCGACGUCAACAACUGCGGCUCGAUCGGCAAUGUCUGCUCGUACCCCUCCGGUGUCGCAAAGUGCACGAAUGGCGUUUGCAGUUUGGCAAAUUGUCUCACCGGCUUCUACCUCGUCAACAACGUCUGCACCGCCCUGAACCUGAACACGGACGUCAACAACUGCGGGGCCGUUGGCACGGUGUGCUCGUUCGCAAACGGCGCUGGGUAUUGCCAGUCCGGCAAGUGUACCUUCACCAGUUGCACGGGCAACUAUGCCUUGACUACGACCUCAAGCGGCACGAGCUGCACCUCGGUCAACACUCAAACUGACGUUAACAAUUGGUACGCUCUGGUGUACCGGUUACGCUUCUACUCGCACUGGGUAGCUACAUAGACAAUUUUCUAACGCCUCACUGCCGUUUCCUUCCUUGCGCAGUGGCUCGGUCGGUUACAAGUGCCCAUCGCUCGUGAACUCCGCAUCGACGUCCUGCAGUGCCGGAAAAUGCGUCAGCAGCUGCAGCUCAGGAUACGCGUGGGACUCGACGGGCUCCUAUUGCCGCCCGACGUCGAACGAUGUCUACAACUGCGGAUCGAUCGGCAAAGUCUGCUCGAUCGCGAAUGGGACCCCGGCGUGCACGAACGGUGUCUGCUCGCUCCAAUCGUGCAACUAUGGUUACUCCAACAUCAAUAAUGUUUGCACUUCGAUCAACACCCAGACCGAUGUACAGAACUGCGGGUGGGUUGACAAUACGUGCGCUUCGUCGUACCCGGGAGGAACCGGUAGUGCUUGCGUUGCUGGUCUGUGCCGAGCAGCAUCUUGCAACAGCGGUACUGUUUGGAAUGCGAACUCGAUGACGUGCCAGAAUACGGCGACCGACAUCAACAACUGCGGUUCGAUCGGAAACAUGUGCUCGUACCCCUCCGGUGUCGCCAAAUGCACAAAUGGCGUUUGCAGUUUGGUGAGCUGCGCUGCGAACUUCUACAUCGUUAACGGAGCCUGCGUCUACCUCAACCUGGAUUGGGACAACAACAAUUGCGGUACGGUUGGAAAUGUUUGUAGCUUCCCGAAUGGUGUGGGUUGGUGCAUGUCCGGAAAUUGUACGUACACGAGCUGCACUAGCAAUUAUGCCUUGACGACAACCUCGAGCGGCACGACUUGUUCCUCGGUCAACACUCAAACCGAUGUCAAUAACUGGUGAGUGAUUUUUUUGCCGCGUUUACUUACGCCCCUAUCUAAUCUGGUGGCCCAAUUCUGGUCUGACGCUCCUCUCUUUGCCCUCCCCUGAUCGUUCUCGCAGUGGUUCCGUCGGCUACAAGUGCCCUGCGGUUACAAACUCGGCGACCACCAUCUGUAGCGCCGGCAAAUGCUCUAGCACGUGCACGAGUGGCUUUUCGUGGGACUCGACGGCAUCGUACUGCCGACCGUCUCAAACGAUAUCUUCAACUGCGGCGCGGUUGGCAAAGUGUGCACGAUCCCGAACGGCACGCCGACGUGUUCUAACGGCGUUUGCUCGCUCCUGUCGUGCAACGUCGGAUACCAGAGUGCGAACGGCGCGUGCACGGCCGUGAAUACGCAGACCGACACCAACAACUGCGGCGCGCUCGGCAACGUCUGCAAGUCGUCGUACACGGGCGGCACGGGCAGCGUCUGCGUCGCCGGCCUGUGUCGCGCGGCGUCGUGCAACGGUGGAACGACGUGGAACCCCCUCACGAUGGCGUGUCAGAACACGGAUAACGACAUUCUCAACUGCGGUGGGCUCGGUAAGGUGUGCUCGUUCCCGCUCGGCGUCGCCAAGUGCCAAUCGGGCGCGUGCGUUUUAGCAAGCUGCACCACGGGUGCCUACAUGGUCAACGGGACGUGCACGGUCGUUGAUUUGACGUGUGACGUCAACAAUUGCGGAUCGGUCGGCAACGUGUGCUCCUUUCCGAACGGAGUCGGACUCUGCGUGGCAUCGCAAUGCAAGUUGACAAGCUGCAACACCGGCUAUGCGAUGAAGAUUACCGGCGCUUCCGUUUUCUCCUCUGGUUCGACGACGUGCUCGGCCGUCAAUACUGAUACCGACGUCAACAACUGGUGAGUCGCUGGAGUGCCUCGCUCGGAGUUUGUUUUGACUCGGCGCUGACGUUCUCGUGCCUCCCCGCCCCUUCAUUUCGCUGUACUAGUGGAUUCAUCGGCACCAAGUGCGUCGCUGGUGCAAACGCGGCCAGCACCUCGUGUGUGGCGGGCAAGUGUCAGUCGACGUGUGUCGCGGGUUUCGGCUGGGACGCGACGACCUCGGUGUGCCGAUCGACGAACAACGACGUCAACAACUGCGGCGCGAUCGGGACGGUGUGCUUGACGCAGCUCGUGGGCUCGGCGACGGUGACGUGUGCAAACUCGCAAUGCUAUGCGUCCACUUGCCAAUCGGGAUUCACGAAGAACGCGGGCGUGUGCACCGAGAUCGACUUGCGCACCGACAUGCUCAACUGCGGCACGAUGGGUCAUGCGUGCUCGUUCACGCCUUCAGGCGCUUUGGGCUCGUGUGUGGCGGGUGUAUGCGCACUCACUUCAUGUCCGACCGGGUACUCGAUGGUCAGCAACGCGUGUGUUUUGAAUGCAUCGCAGCGUCCCAACGCGAAGAGGAGCAAGAUUGUGAAACCCAAGACGCUGUGCCCUGAGAACGAGACGGCGUGCCCGAUCGUCGGUGCUAUGUAAGUCCCGCGCACGCCUUUCUGCGAUCCGCCUCGAAAAUGAACUUGACCACUGACUGUGCAUGCUACGCCCAUUUCCCUCUUGAUCAGUUCAUAUGCUUCUGCCGUCUCGCAACACUUUUCCGAUUCGGCCAACCUUUUCGCCGGUGGCGUCAUGAGCGGCAACGGCGGCUACGAGUGCCUCGACACGAGGCAAGCUCUCGACUCGUGCGGUGGCUGCGCUUCGACGGGCGAGGGUCAAGACUGCACCAAGAUCCGCGGUGCUGUCGGAGUCGGGUGCGACGCUGGGACGUGCGUCGUCUUCUCGUGCCAGUCGGGAUGGAAGCCCAACUCGACGGGCAGCAAGUGCAUUCGCUCGCAUCCGGUCCAUCGUCACGUCAACUCGAGCGGGCCGACGGCCACUCGACAACACAACGUCCGCCCUCAUUCAGCACAUGCCCACAUUCGUGCGCAGGCUCACGCUCACGCUCAUUCUCAUGAUCGAUCGCAUGCCCAAGCUUGA